UAUCCCACAGUGCACCGUAAACUGUCAUGGCUGCCCGCAUGUGCGAAAAAAAUUCGUCUAUUUAAAUUUCUCGAAAAGUUUGCAAUUCCUUUUAAUUGAGAGUACUGAAUCAACUACAGGAAAAUCACAAAGGGUUGAUUGCCAAUGUUUGCUUGGAAAACGCGACAGACGUGGAAGGAUUCUGACUUUUGUAGCUAGUCUUGUCAAGUAGUUGGGCCCACGCGUGUUUUGGGGGAGGGGGGCGAUCGCGAGCACGUUUGGUUGGACAAGGUAAAUCUUGGAUACCCUAAAAAGAGGAAACAUGGCCACACUGAUGGAGCGACUUGAGCAGACAAACUUGUACUUCAAACGGAUGACGGACUUGAUCCCUCCGGAAAUCUACUUUGAAAAUAACGAGCUGAAAAGGAAACGCCAAAACAAGGAGACUGGUGGUCCCCUGACUAAGUCAGCCUUGCGAGCUCUGCACAAGAAGAUGAGACUGGACCCAAACCAGUACAAGACUGUGACUGAGCUACAGAAGGACAUGGCAAGGGAGGAGGAGACAGAUAGUGAUGAUGAGGAUGUCAAGAAAGCGACCAAGAAGAACAAGAAAAAGCAGAACAGGUCUGAGAAAGAAGACUUGCGGCAGAAACUCCAGGCUAAGAUUCAACAGAUGAAAGCUGUAAGGAAGGCCCCCAAACCUCAAGAUCUGGCAACUCAGAGGUCAAAGAGACAAGCAAAGAAAGAGAGACAGAAGCAGAGAAGAAAGACUGUAAACAAAACAGGGACUCAGACGAAAGGAAAGGCAUUCGAGGAAGGAACGGCUGCAAAGAAACCUGACGGCACUCCUGUGUUGAAUCAAGAGGGGAAGCUGGUCUUUAGCAAGUUUGACUUCACCAGCGAUGUUGGAAGUGGUAAGAAGAAGGGCAAAGAAGCUCCCAAGCACCUGAAGAAGUUGUUGGCAAAGGCUGAAGAUAAAAAACAGAAGAUAAAAGAUCUGAAAAGUGAAGACCUUGGAAAGGCACAUGAGGUUGAACAGAAGUCCAAGUGGAAGUCAGCUCUACAGAAGGCUCAGGGUGUCAAACUGAAGGAUGAUCCAGAACUACUGAAGAAGAGCAUCAAAAGAAAAGACCAGAUAAAGAAGAAGAGUAAGAAACAAUGGAAAGAGAGAAAAGAUCAGGUUGAAGCCAACAUCAAGAAGAAGCAAGACAAGAGAAGAGACAACCUGAAGGCUCGCAAGCAGCAGAAGGUUUCCAACAAAAUCAAAAAGGCCAAGAAGAAAGGAAGAGUCGUACCUGGGUUCUAGCACUCUUGUAAAAGAUUAUAUACUACUAAUUGAUGGGAAAGUACAAUAAUAGUUUCAGCUUCAAAGGAAUUUAUAUGAUAAUCCUUCUAUUCUUGUAACAAUAUGUCUGAGCACAGUUGACUGAACAAGUUAUUCUCAUGUCAGUUUUCUUGUAUUAGGUGGCAUAGUUUCUGAGUAAAUGAUAUUUAGAAGUAAUUUUUACUGUCUCCAUCUCGAUUGAAAAAAUGUCUGCAAAGGGGUAAUUUUUCACCAUUCUCAAUAUAUCUGAUCAUAAUAUCGUUAUCAAUAUAUCGAUAUCUUCUGCCGCAAAGUAUAUCUAUGGUAGGACUUUAUUGUGAUGUUACACUUAAAACAAGAGAAUCUCAUGUAUUUUUCUUUUUCAAAUUUCCAGUUUCUUGUUCUGUGCACAUGUUCAGGCUAUGAAUUUCUUGUCGUAUAUGAAUUAUGACACAUAGGUUAUGAUUCAACAGAAAAUGUAUGACAAUUGUGUAACAUGAUCACUACUAUUGCCAAGAAAGUUAUGUUUUA